AUGCCCCUCAUCCAGAAUACAUCUGUCGAGCACAAAGAAGCGCGUAUCGUCAUCGUAGCCUCUCACGCACACGCCAUGUACACGCCCACCAGUAUCAACUUCGACGAUCUCACGACUGCGAAAGAGAAUGACAUGACCCAAAUCCAAGACAUAUCAGCAAGUUUACAAAGAUACGCUCGUUCCAAACUCGGCAACAUCCAAUACGCACGAGCUCUACAACGCCAGUUGUUAGCUGAGGGUUUUAGCAACAUCUACGUCAACUGCCUCAACCCAGGCACGAUCGGCUCUUCCACUUUCGGGAGCGAUGAUUCCCCGGGUUUGCCACGGUGGGUUAAGAUCGCUUCCAGGACACUCGUGUCCAUAACCAGUAUCUCGCCGCAGGCUGGCGCAUUGAAUUCGUUGAUGCUGGCUACUGAUCCUGAUAUUGUGGUGAGGGACAUCAAGGGGAAGUAUUUUGAUGUUGGGCCCAUGGGUGGGAAGUUUGUGUAUGGGUAUAGCUUUGAGGCUGAGGAGAAGUUAUCUGAACUUGCGAGGAAUGAAAAGGAGGGUGAGAGGUUGAUGAGUUGGAGUGAGGAGGCGGUGAGGGAGGCUUUAGGGAGAUCGUGA